CAGCAUUUUUUUAGAUAUCAAAAGCGGACAGCCAUUCACACGCAAGCUACUGCAGGAUGUUACGUUUCACUAAAAAAACAGUGUGCACAGUUUUGUAAAUACGUUACGCUUAUUGAACUUAAACGAGCUUAACUACUCUCUGUUUACUCUCUUGGGCGGUUUUAAUAUGUCAGAAGCUGAAUUUCGAUAAACAUCUCGUCAGUGCUUAUGCUGGAGUGGCUGUCACACCGUCUGAAAUGGAUUAAAUCAUGCCGAUGGAGGAACAGAGCUGCUCUUUGCAUCAGUUAUUCAGUUCCAGCUCUGGAGAAGAGAGGGGCUCUAGAGAGAAAGGUGUGCUCUACAGAUGGCAGGGCUAUUUCUGCAGGGUGACCCCAGAGAGACUGCUGCUGUCCAGGCCAGUGCUUCAUGCUGCACUGGGGACUUUACAUGGACUUCUGCUGACAGAAGAUGGGCAUGUGUAUAAUUUUGGCGAGCAGCCAUGGAAACGAGUCGAAUCUCAGCCUUCCGGCCCUGUUAUAGAGAGCGCCCUGAGCGGUCAGCGUGUGAUCUCUGUGUCAGCGGGCAGCUAUCACUGUUCUGCUGUAACGGAGGAUGGCCUCAUCCACAUGUGGGGGGAGAACUCUCAUGGCCAGUGUGGCGUCUCUGGAAUGGACCAGGUACCCAGUCCCACUCCCGUUAAUGUGGUGGAUGGCGAGAUCCAUCCUCCGCAACUGGUCCAAGUCCUGAAUGUAGCCUGCGGAGCGCAGCACACUCUGGCCCUGUCAAGAAAGCAUGAGGUGUGGGCAUGGGGUAGUGGCUGCCAGCUGGGACUAGUCACCAAUAUAUUCCCGGUAUGGAAACCCCAGAAGGUGGAGCAUCUUGUGGGAAGAUAUGUGGUUCAGAUUGCUUGUGGUGGGUUUCACAGCCUGGCUCUGGUUCAGAUUCUUUCUCCCCCAGACGACAGUCAGCAAGCUCGGGAUAGAUGUGGGCAGUGUAAGCAGAGCAUUUACACCGUGACUGACAAGGAUGACCAUGUUGUUAUCUCUGAUGAGCAUUACUGCCCACUUGGAGUGGAACUGACUGAUUCUAAAGAAGGUCGAAGGUCAGGACAGAGUUCUCCAACCCAGACACCACAAAGUAAAAACUCCUCACCCCACUUCGAAGUAUCCCCGUUGACCUUGAAGAACAUCUGCGAAGACCCAGGUUUUUCAGUCAGAUCUCAGCAAAAUACAACAAGCCAGGAGUCUCAACCAGUCCCUGCUUUAUCUGAAACCGGACAUGCACGUCUACGACGAACCAAAAGCAAUCCCUACCCUGAUGAGCAAGCUCUGACAGACUACCUCAAAAGAAUUUCAGACCAGACCCUCGCUGAGCAGGCCGAGGCCAACUCUUUGGGAGGUUCCCAUCCUCCGAGCCGUCAGUCGUCACUUACAUGUCCUUUCCGAUCAGACCAAAGUGAUGAGCUUACACUACGUCCCUCUUCACCAGCACUGAGUCGAACUGAUAUCAGAUACAGACAACGCUGUGCAUCAGAUACUGUCACAGACCGGAAACACUCUCUCCAUUUAAUACCAACACUGGAUUCCACUUCUGAUGAUUCUUCACUGCACUCAAGUGUGGAUGGAGGCGUUUGCAUCAGUGACCACGUGGUUAGCAAUGGAUGUUUAUUUGAGUCCUGUGAGGAGGGAGGAGAGACAGCUGGAAUGGACUUCUGUCCAGCAGAUCCUCUUCAAGUCAAGAAGAGCACCAGUCUGACGGACAUCACGUUAGAGGACGCUGAAGCACGUAAUCGCAGAAGGUCUUUACCUGGCUUCUCUCCAGUGUCACCUUCUGGCAGUCAUCGAACCAACCAUUUAAGAGCUGUAGUAGGUGCCAGGACUACUACUACUACCUCAGAAUGCAGAAAUAUCCUUCCUUCCCUCUACACUGAGGUGUGGAGUUGGGGGAGGGGCCAGGAAGGUCAGCUAGGUCAUGGAGACUAUUUGCCCAGGUUACAGCCUCUCUGCAUCAAGAGCUUAAGUAAAAAGGAAGUUGUCAAGAUCACUGCUGGAGCAAAUCACUCAUUGGCACUGACAGCUCAAUGCCAGGUUUAUUCCUGGGGAAGUGACAAAUUUGGACAGCUGGGUCGUAUAAAUGCUCCUAGCACAGUUCCUAAUCUCGCCAUGAUUUCUGAGGGUAUCCGUGUGUGGGACGUGGCAGCAGGGCAAACGCACACUUUGCAGCUGGCUGAUGGAGACUGUUAUCAGCCCAUACUGUACUACAGCGGAGAGCAGGUGCUGGAGAGCACUGACAGCGCUCAUCCCCUCUCCGGGACCUACACCCAGACGCCCACCCUUCUGCCCUUCUGCAUGAAUAUUGGCUAUGUGAGUAAAGUGUUUGGGGGAGGACUGAAUUGUUUGGCUUUGGCCGAUCAAAACGCGAUGGGUUUCAUAGCUUCAAUCCAUGAACUAGCUUCAGCAGAGAGGAAAUUCUACUGCACCCUCAGUAAGGUGAAGAGCAAAAUCCUGAGCCCCCUUCUAGCCCGUGCAAGUUUGGCCUUGUCUCUGGGUCAGUCCUCCAUGUUGCUGUUUCAAGAGAUGGCUAGUAGUUUCAGCAAGCUUUGCCAUCUGACAGGACAGCACUCGGUAUCCCUCACCAACUUCCUGCAGCGAGGCAAAGUGAUCAAAACACUGGUCUUGAUCAAGAGCACAGACAUUUUCAUGGACACGUAUAAAGAGUACAGCGAUCCAGUAGGAAACUUUCUUGUUAUGGGAGGAUUCCAGUCAUUGCUGAAGCCCUCACAAGAAUGCUUUGGGAAGAAGCUGGAGUUGAUACAGACUCUGCUAGAGUCCAAGGAGAAGAAUGCAUCACCCUAUGAUCUGUUAGUCAACUUGUUUUAUAUGCCCUUGCAGCACCUGCAUGGGUAUAACAGAUUACUUCUAAAACUAGCCCACUGCUUUGAAGUGAACACUGAGGAAUAUGAUUGGAUUCAAAAUGGCUGCUCCAAAUAUGAAGCUUUAGCCUGCCUUGUCAGCAAGCAGAGAAGAGAUGCUGAGGCCACUUUCAAUUUCUGGAAGAACUUCAAAGGGAAGAAUUCGGAAUCCCUGCGUAAGCCGUCUCGUCGUCUGGUUUGUGAGAGCAGUAAUAAAGCUCUGACGUUACAGAAUGCUGGAAGAUUCUCUGCCAGCUGGUUCAUCCUCUUCAGUGAUGUGCUGGUUCAUGCACAGGGAACUAUUCCAUCAAAGAAGCUUUUCUCAUCUCAUUACGUCUAUCCACUUGCUACACUCUGGGUGGAGCCCAUCUCAGAUGAAAGUGUGGGCCAACAUGGCCUUAAGCUGACCACACCUGAAGAUAACUUUGUUGUUCUGGCAACAUCCCCUUUGGAAAAGGGGAAGUGGCUGAGAGCCAUUAACCAGGCCAUUGAGGACGUGCUUGCUUUAGGCCUGAACGGAAGGACACGUGUGUCUAGAAGCAGCCAGAAAAGUGAACCACCUGUGUCACGCACGUCUACCUACACUUUCAGCAAAGAGGGCCGACUCAAAGAUGCCACGUAUGAGGGCCGCUGGCUGUCAGGCAAACCUCACGGCAAAGGGACUCUGAAGUGGCCAGAGGGGACAGUUUACUGUGGCACAUUCAAGAACGGGUUGGAAGAUGGAUUUGGAGAUUUUAUGACGCCCAACACAACCUUAAACAAGUUUGAGCGUUACCAAGGUCACUGGAAGGAGGGGAAAAUACAUGGCUUUGGCACAUUUUGGUAUGCUUCAGGUGAGGUAUACGAGGGCUCAUUCAGGGACAACAUGUGUCAUGGUCACGGCAUGUUACGGAGUGGAAAGUUAGCCUCUCCUUCCUCCAGUAGUGUGUUUGUGGGCCAGUGGGUUCAAGGCAAGAGAACAGGCUAUGGGGUGUGUGAUGACUUCAGCAGAGGAGAGAAAUACAUGGGAAUGUGGCUCGAUGACCAGCGUCAUGGAGUCGGAGUCGUUAUAACUCAGUUUGGAUUGUAUUAUGAAGGAAUCUUCUGUAAUAACAAGAUGAUGGGCAAUGGGACUCUUCUCUGUGAUGAUGACACAGUCUUUGAGGGAGAGUUUUUAGAGGACUGGACUCUGUGCGGAAAGGGUGUUCUGUUCAUGCCUAAUGGUGACUCUUUGGAUGGGGUCUUUGAUGGUCACUGGGGAGCCGGUCUAAGAGUGGCUGGAACUUUUACAAAACCCUUUGAAGCUUUGAGGAGAGAAAGAAAGAUACCUGUGGCUGGUCAACACGCAGUGCCUGCAGAAGAAAAGUGGAAGGCAGUGUUUGAUGAGUGCUGGAGUCGAUUAGGCUGUGAAGGUCCUGGAGAAGGAGUGCAUGAGAAAGCCUGGGAGAACAUCGCCAUCGCUCUCACUGCCAGACGCAGACAACAGAGAUAUCGUCCAGAGGAGCUAAGCCGAUCUCAAACUAAGAUGCUGGAGAGCCUUGAGGUGAUUCCUCAACAUGUGGUCCCUGUUACUGCUGACUCCUACAACAGCAUCCGUCGGUAUCUCUUGAAGGCCUGUGAUACCCCUCAUCACCCUCUGGGCUGGCUGCUGGAGACCCUUGUGACUGUGUACAGGAUGACUUAUGUUGGUGUGGGCUCUAAUAGACGCCUCCUACAGCAGGCAGUGGAGGAGAUCCAGUCGUACCUAACGCGCAUAUUUCAAAUAGUCAGGUUUCUGUUUCCUGGUCUCCCUGAGGAUGGAGGUUUUAUUUUGGAUUCUUCCAGUUCCUCAGAUGAGGGCACAGAGUCUCUUAACAGCAGUACACAUUCAGAAACACCACAGCAGGGUUGGUUAGUGAGCAGCUCAAGUCUUAUCCUGCCGGUGUUGCUGCCGAGGCUUUACCCUCCUCUCUUCACUCUCUACACACUAGAGAAAGAGAGAGAGGAGGAGGUGUACUGGAACUGUGUGUUAAGACUCAACAAGCAGCCUGAUCUUGCUCUUCUAGCCUUCCUUGGAGUACAACAAAAGUUCUGCCCAGUGUCUAUCUCUGUAUUGGGAGAGAAAAAGCAGGUCUUGCCUUGUACAAAAGACGCCUGCUUUGCAACUGCUGUUGAAACCCUGCAACAGAUCAGCACAGCAUUCACUCCCUCAGACAAGUUGCAGGUGAUACAGCUGACCUUUGAGGAGAUCACCCAGGACAUGCAGGCUCUGCUUGGGCAAGAUUUUCUGUGGUGCAUGGAUGACCUCUUUCCAAUUUUCCUCUAUGUGGUGCUCCGCGCACGGAUCAGAAACCUGGGCUCUGAAGUGAGUCUGAUAGAGGACCUUACAGACCCCAGUCUACAGCUGGGACAGCUUGGAUUCAUGUUGACGACUCUCAAGGCUUGCUACAACCAGAUUCAGCUUGAGAAGACGACAUAGGAGGGGUUGGUUUGUGAGUGGUCUUACGGAGUAGGUGCCAUUUAAAUAGACACGGAUUACAGGUCAAGUCAAGAUGUGCUUAUUUAUUUCAGGUCUCAAAAAUAAGCUCACUUUCCAUUCAUCUCUCUUAAGCACUGUUCUACAGAGAUUACUUCAAUUGUUAUAACUGUUGAGACUCUCACAUUGACCAUCUGACUGACAGUAAAGUUACCCCUUGAAAAAACAUGUAAAUUUCAACACCCACAUUACCUGGGCAGAAAAGAGACUUUUUCUGUUUUAUACAAGAUAGCAGAAUAAGCACUCCGCAUGUGUCACUAAGGUUAUCAUUACAUGCAAUUUCGGUAAUAACUGACACUCGUUACUAUAUAUAAUAUUCUGUAUCAAUCUGUCUCUGGCUUUUGUACUGAUACUCAAAUAUGAGAACUUACACAAAAAAACAAUGAGGGGUUUUGAAUGAAUUCUCUCGGAUUGACAGUGACUUUAACAAAUACAUUUACCCUGUAUAGAAAUACAGUAAUAAACUAAAACCACCCUUAUUUAUAUAAGCAACAGCAAUAAAUGUCAAAUAUUUUGCUAUAGAAAACCCAUACCUAAACUACUGUUUAAACAUUUGGGGUCGGCAAGUUUUU